GAUCUGGGUCGUUCCGCAAAGGAGUGGGCACCGUUAUCGAGUCCUAUUUCAACCCAACACCGUCGUCCACCCGCGUAUGCAGCCAGCACUUCAGAAACUCCAACUCUCUACUAAACUCUGAUCCAUUUCUCUCUCUCGCCGGAGAAAGAGAAGCGGAAAUGGCGAAGAACUCGAUGCUUCGUACCUCCCGCUCUGUUUCACUUGCGGAUCGGGUCUCCGGAGGAGUUCACGGUAGAUCCACCGAUGGCGGCUUCACCUUCAAGUUUUUCGCUUCCGCUCUCACCCUAGCCGUUUUUCUCUUUUUGACUCUCUCUUUGCGCUACACUUCCUCUUCGGGUCCCUCCCAUCAUAACAUUGGGAUUCCACGUGAUGAAUAUGGAGUUGGGCCUUUUCAAAGAUCUGUACUGGCUCUGAAAUCAGAUCCACUAAAGCCACGACUUGAUCUGAUAAGGAAGCAGGCUGAUGAUCACCGUGCUCUAGCUCUGGCUUAUGCUUCCUAUGCUCGAAAGCUCAAACUCGAGAACUCAAAACUUGUCCGGGUCUUUGCUGAACUGUCUCAAAACUAUACAGAUUUGAUUUCAAAGCCUUCAUACCAAGCACUGUUUCAAUCGGAUGCCAAUUCACUUGAUGAAUCAGUGCUUCGGCAGUUUGAGAAGGAGGUGAAAGAAAGAAUCAAAGUCACACGUCAAGUCGUUGCUGAGGCAAAGGAGUCUUUUGAUAACCAGCUAAAGAUUCAGAAGCUAAAAGAUACCAUUUUUUCUGUAAAUGACCAACUAACAAAAGCAAAAAAGCAAGGUGCAUUUUCAAGCUUGAUUGCUGCAAAAUCAAUUCCCAAAAGCUUGCACUGUGUGACUAUGAGACUAAUGGAGGAGCGCAUUGCACACCCAGACAAGUACACCGAUGAAGGAAAGCCCACCCCACCUGAAUUUGAGGAUCCCAAACUUUACCAUUAUGCCAUAUUUUCUGACAAUGUCGUUGCAGCUUCAGUUGUGGUGAAUUCAGCCGUGAAGAACUCAAAAGACCCACAGAAGCACGUGUUUCAUGUUGUCACUGAUAAGAUGAAUCUUGGGGCUAUGCAAGUUAUGUUCAAGAUGAGGGACUAUAAUGGGGCCCACAUUGAAGUUAAGGCUGUUGAGGAUUACAAGUUCUUGAACUCUUCGUAUGUCCCAGUUCUCCGACAGCUUGAAUCGGCUAAUCUGCAGAAGUUUUACUUUGAGAAUAAGCUUGAGAAUGCUACAAAGGACACCACAAAUAUGAAAUUCAGAAAUCCAAAGUAUCUGUCAAUAUUGAAUCAUCUUCGGUUCUACUUGCCUGAAAUGUACCCAAAGUUGCACAGGAUCUUGUUCUUGGAUGAUGAUAUAGUUGUUCAGAGGGAUUUAACUGGCCUUUGGAAGAUAGAUAUGGAUGGUAAAGUGAAUGGAGCCGUGGAGACUUGUUUUGGCUCAUUCCAUCGUUAUGCACAAUACAUGAAUUUCUCUCAUCCUUUGAUCAAAGAGAAGUUUAACCCUAAAGCUUGUGCAUGGGCGUAUGGGAUGAACUUCUUUGACUUGGAUGCUUGGCGCAAUGAAAAAUGCACUGAACAAUACCAUUACUGGCAGACUCUGAAUGAAAACCGAACUUUGUGGAAAUUGGGAACACUACCUCCCGGUUUGAUAACAUAUUACUCCACAACAAAGCCACUGGAUAAGUCUUGGCAUGUCUUAGGGCUUGGCUACAAUCCAAGCAUCAGCAUCGACGAAAUUGACAAUGCUGCAGUUGUCCACUUCAAUGGGAACAUGAAGCCAUGGCUUGAUAUUGCCAUCACCCAAUUUCGGCCACUUUGGACAAAAUAUGUUGAUUUUGAGAACGAGUAUAUCCAGGCUUGUAACUUUGGGCUUUAAGUGGUGGUAAUAGUUGAAGCUUUGUUCAAAAGAUUCAUUCAACUAAUUUAUCCACAUGUCGGAAGUCUCUCCACGCCCUCCUACACAUAAAGUUAGUACUUAUUCCAUCAUAGAACCUUAGUUUUAGCAUAUUUACUUUCUUAAAUAGUUUACAUUCUACAAUCUCCAAUUGUCCAUAAUUGUUAUCUAUUUUUAUUGCUGAACUUUAAUCAUGCAUAAAGUUUCAUUCAACAAUGUUCAAGUAUUUUACGCAUUACAAAUACUGGCAAGCAUGCAAGCAGCUUAUAUAGUUAUAUAGUACAUUAGUACUCCUUCCUGCUUUCAUGUUCUACUAUAUAAUAAACAAAAGUUUUGUUCGGCCAA